AUGCCAGAGGAUGCUAGGGGUAUCGAGUGGGUGAGCCUGACCAGCUUCUUGUCCUUUGCGACCUCUUCCCCGAACAACAUGGGACUGGUGCGAAAUGAGCUGCAGCAUGUGGACCUGCCCACAGGCAGGUGCUUUUCUUUCCGGGGGGAAAGGGGCAACGACGAGCCCCCCAUCGAGAUGAUUAAAGUGUCUCAUCUCAAACAAUACCUGGUGGUGGUGUUUCGGGACAAACCUCUGGAACUUUGGGACGUUCGCACUGGGACACUUCUGAGGGAAAUGGCCAAGAACUUCCCUACUGUCACUGCUCUGGUAAAGUCACGCAAACUACCGUAUUUAGUAUAA